AUGGAUAUUGCCAUACGGAUCAUAUGCGCAGCUACCAUCAUUGUGGAAUUCAUAAUUGGGAGUGCCGCAAAUGGAUUCAUAGCACUGGUGAACAUCAUAGACUGGGUCAAGAAAAGAAAGAUCUCUACAGUGGAUAAGAUUCUCACUGCUUUGGCAAUUUCCAGAAUAAAUAUGUUGUGGUCUGUAUUUAUUAUUACACUAGUAUCUUCACUCUAUCCAGAUUUAGAAGUGAGUGUGAAAAUGUUAAGAAUAAAAAACAGUACCUGGAUAGUUGCAAAUCAUUUUAGCAUCUGGCUGGCCACCGUCCUCAGCAUCUUUUAUUUUCUCAAGAUAGCCACUUUUUCUAACUCUAUUUUUCUCUACCUAAAGUGGAGACUUGAAAAGGUGGUUUCAGUGACAUUGCUACUGUCUCUUGUCUUCUUGUUUGUAAAUAUUUUAGGGAUGAACAUACACAUUGAUCUUUGGACUGGUGCAUCCAAAAGAAGUCUCUCUUAUGGUUUCACAUUAAGGAAUUGCACACAAUUUCACAGACUUAUAUUUUUAAUCAACACGAUGUUCACACUCAUCCCAUUCACUGUGUCCCUGAUUAUUUUUACCCUGCUCAUCUUCUCCUUAUGGACACAUCUGAAGACCAUGCAGUACAAUGUCAAAGGCUCCAGAGACCCCAGAACCAUGGCACACAUAAACGCCUUGCAAAUGGUGGUGACCUUUCUUCUCUUCUACACAGGUUUCUUUCUGGCUCUUGCCACACAAGUUUGGGUAUUUCAGCUCCUAGCAAAAAACAUUAUGUUUUUUGCUGCCAUUAUAAUUACAUUUCCUUCAGUCCAUCCAUGUGUGUUGAUUCUGAAAAAUAGUAAGCUCAGACAGGCCUCUCUUUUGGUGUUGUGGUGGUUGAGGUGCGAGUCCAAAGAUGUAGACCCCUUUGUCCCCUGA